GGCUCGGGGAGGGGUGGAGAGCCACGGGGCCCCCCUCCUCACCCCGCCGCGACCCACUCACAUUGACAACUUCGCUACUACGCUACCUCCACGUCUCUGGCUCACUGGCGACCCUCACUCUGGGCGCCAGCGGCAGGCGGCAGUCUUCUUCCUCCCCAGCUAAACCCCGGGAGCUGCCGGGGGUCGCUGAGCCCUGGGGCCCCCAUGCCCCCACCUUGUUCCCCAGGGCCCUCCUCCCUCCUCUCACUUCCUAGCGGUAUCCUCGUCCCAUUGGGUUAACUUAUGUCCCCCUAGCCCCCCCAUGCUCUCUCCUCACCUUCCCUAGGCUUGCCUAGAGUGCCCCCCCCUUCCUUCCUUUCCUCGCUCCCCAAGGCUCUCCGACGUCCCCACCGCUCCCACCGCUCCCUGCGUGCCCGGGGCUUCUGCACGCGGCGCCGGCACCACGGGAGGCCGCGUCUGCAGGCAUGGCGGUGAGAGCGGCGUGGCGCUGGCUCCAGGACCCCUGCGUGGUUGCGAGGUUCCAGAAGCUGUGCGGCUUGGAGGAGGAUGCGGCGGCGGCGGCGACGGCGGCAGCGGCGGCCCCGUGCGAGGAGGGGGAGACGCGGAGCAACAACGGCGGUGACCACCUCGACCACCGCCGUGACUGCUCCGAUCACCACGACCACCGUGACGGUCGCGACCACGACCAGCAGCAGCGGCGGCGGCGGCGUUCCACUGAGCGGUGCUGUAACGGGCUCGGCGCAGGAGGUGACGACGACGAUGUUUACGACAACGAGGUGACGGUGACAAAAACGAUGACGAACGGGACCUCGAACAGCGACAUCGCCUCGAGUCGCAAGGCGCGGCACCGCCGCCCUGGAGCGGCUCCCGAUCACGGGGACCCGCAGCCGCCCCGUCACGGACCCCACAGCGGCACCGUAACGGAUGAGCUCCACCAAGAGCCCAGCCGCUCCUCCAUCAUGCAACUCCCGCGCCGGAGGAACUCCCUCUCGCAGGAGGUGCACACCCAGGCGUUCGUGGUGAGGAGGAGGGCCCUGCACUACCUGUUCGUCCUGGGCACGGAGCUGGGCAACGAGACGUUCUACAUCACCUUCUUCCCAUUCCUCUUCUGGAACGUGGACGCGCUGGUGGCGCGCCGGAUCAUCAUGGUGUGGGUCUGGGUCAUGUUCCUGGGCCAGAGCGCCAAGGACUUGCUGAGGUGGCCCCGGCCCGCCUCGCCGCCCGUCAUCAAGGUGGAGGUGUUCUACGACUCUGAGUACGGGAUGCCCUCCACGCACGCCAUGUCCGGCACGGCGCUGCCCUUCGCAAUCUUCGCGCUCACGCUGGGUCGGUUCGAGUACCCAGUUGUCCUGGGCCUGGCUCUCGCCUGUUGCUGGUGCCUGCUCGUCUGCCUCAGCCGCCUCUACAUGGGCAUGCACUCCAUCCUGGACGUGGUGGUGGGCGUGCUUUGUAGCGUGGCCAUCCUCUCCGUGCUGCUGCCCUCGCUGGAGACCCUCGACAGCCUCGUGCUGUCCUGCCCCCAAUACUCGUAUCCCCCUCUGUUGGUGGCGCUGGCGCACGUGGCGGCUGCCCUGGCGGCGUUCACGCUGGAUGGCUGGAGCACGUCACGCGGCGACACUGCUCAGAUCCUCGCUGUUGGCGCCGGCGUGGCGAGCGGCUCGCGUGCCAACCGCCUCCUAGGGCUGCUGGCCACCACGCAGGCUCCCCCGGAGCGGCUGCCCCUGCCCGUGCUGCCCGGCCUGCCUCAGCUGCCCGGCGCCCUGGUGCGCACGAUCGCUCGUGUGCUGCUCGGUUCCGCCAUCCUGCUCGCAACCAAGGCUGCUCUCAAGUCCACGAGCAUCCCGCUCGCAUGCUGGCUGUUUAGCAUCCCGGGCGAUGAUGUCAGUGUGGCACGGCGCCACGCGCAGGUCGAGCUGCCCUACCGCUUCAUCACGUACGGCGCCGUCGGCUUCAGCGCCGCCUGCCUCGUGCCGUGCGCCUUCUCACUCGUCGGCCUCUCCUGAUUCCUGCCCUCGGAUCGCCGACCUCGGCACCUACUCCGGAAUCGACUGGAACAUAGAAGAAAAAAUUCUCCUCCCGGAGUCGUGGGGAGAACUCUGGGUGGAGGGUGCGUUAUUUUUCUAGUUUUUAGAUUAUGUUUCCGUAAAACGUGCCGGGUGUUUGAUGAGUGUCGAAAAUUUACACGAGAUGAAACUUGAAGGUGCCUCGAGUCCGAUUCCACCCGUGCUCCGGCAGUCGGGGUUGCCCUCCCUGACAUAUGCCAGCGAUGCGAUGGCGCUGUUCUGCGAUUCCGUGCUGCGGUUCCUUUACUGCCCCACUGCCACUGGUCUUCAUGCCCACGUGGUGCCAAAAAAGUGGCGGCAGCGUUCUGAUCUCCCGCUGGACGUCAGGUUUUUUUCUGCGCACACGUCAGCACGGUUAAUAAUUAUUAUAAUAGACACGAGGGCGGUGCUAGACUCUCUGCCGCCCCCUACGCACAGGGCAUGUGGCCGGCAAUGCCUGCGGUUGGGUAGGAGGCACGAGUUUGUAACUAGAGUAAUCGGUGUGCACAAAUGUUCCGUCUCAUCUCACAUUUAUCAGCUCCCAAGUGCAAUGGUGUCAUUUGCCACGAUUUACAUUUGACCGGCAAACGUAGAAUGGAAGGUCCGGAGAGACCGGCAUUUGAGCGGGGUCUUUAAAUGUAACAAUCGCAUGCCUCGUCGAGUCUUAACGUUUAAAAUGUUGGGGGAACUGAUGUUGCGACCGCUCCUCUACCCGUGUGUACAAAACCUCUAGCUUGAUACUCUCAAGGUCAGGCAGCAGUGGCUUUGAGAACAGAAUCACUUUACGAGAGUAAAUGCGGUUGUGUGGGCUCUAGGCAUGAGGUGUGAUGAUUAUAUGGGCGUACUAACAUUGUUUAUAUUUGUGUACAUAUAUAUAAUAUAUGUUGCACCACUUAUACCGCGAGGAUUCUUGAAAGCGUGCCUGGGUCAGUGCGAUUGUCCCCUUCUUGAAGGGUAUCUCCAAUGCAGUAAUAAUUACUCUCCAGGCAAGCGCUGCCCUGUGAUUUACCGCUGACUGGACUGCUCUUGAAUUGUAAAUCAUAAAGAUUUUUUAAACGUUUAUAUUGUUUAUUUUUUUAUCGCGUCUUUAAUGCUCUUUUAUCGUUCCUCCCCGAUGUGAAAUUAAAAUUCCUUAACGCA